AUGCCGUCAGCAGCUCAUCAAAAUGCCUCUCCCAUUCCGCACAUCCACGCCCUCUGCAUGGAAGACGAAUACAGCACCGCCCUCCAGGCCGCCGUCGAAGCUCACAGCCUCUCCUCCGUCUCAAUCACCUACCACAACUGCGCCCUCUCCUUUGUAGAGGCCGAGUUCGAUCUCAUCGUAUCUCCCGCAAAUUCAUACGGCCGACUGGACGGAGGCUUCGACGACGCCAUCUCGCGCUCAUUCUCUCCCCGCGACGACUAUCUCGCCCUCACAAGAGCUGCCCAGGCGAAGCUGUACGAUGAAUGGCGCGGCUUCGCUCCUCCGGGAACCUGUACGCUGCUUCGCAUCCCCGACGACUUCCACGCCCGCUCACGAAACACCUGGAAUACCAAAUAUCUGGCGCUGUGCCCGACAAUGCGAGUCCCGCAGAACGUCAACUGGGAUCACGAGGUUAUCUACGAGUGCACGUGGAGCUUGCUCUGUGCGAUAGAUAAACACAACCGGGCAAUUCGUGAGGGUAGACUGAGCGGGAGACAUGACGAGAUCCGCAGCCUUCUCAUGGUUCCCAUGGCUACGGGCGUGGGCGCGGUGAGUCCCGAGAGAUGGGCGAAUCAGACGGUGCUUGCUUUUGAGCACUAUGUCGAUGCGAUGGAAAACGAGUCCAAAUGGAGCUCGCUGGAACCUGGUGAUAUUAUCGAAUAUGCACACGAAGUUGAGCAGACGUGGGAGCUCUAG